CCCAUGCUACAUAUAGUGCAUAGAAAUGUGUCUGCAAAAAUCAGUUAAAGCCACACCAUUUAAAUUUUUAGGAGCUGAGCCAGAGUCAGCUCAACUGUGUCAUUUGCAGCUAGAGAUAGAGAACUAAGGAUAUACACUUCUUAAUUACGGGUGCAACACAAUAUAAAACUUCCACAUAAAGCAGCUUUACGGCUGGUCAUUUGCUGGGAUUGGCGAUAUGGCCGUUGAGAAUGGCCUCCAAGGGGAUAAUCCAGGGACAGCAGAGACGGCUGCCGCCACAACCUCGUCAAAGGGUCCUGAGGACCAAACAGACAAAGGAGAUGGGAAGGUGAAUACUGUUCCGUUCCACAAGCUAUUCUCCUUUGCCGAUAAAACCGAUGUUCUCCUUAUGAUUGUCGGGACAAUCGGUGCAAUUGGAAAUGGAAUUUCUAUGCCCCUGAUGACAGUCUUUUUCGGGGAGCUUAUUGAUUCUUUUGGGCAAAAUCAGAAUAAUGGAGAUGUUGUCGAAGUUGUCUCCAAGGUCUCUCUCAAGUUUGUUUACUUGGCAAUCGGGUCGGGGGUGGCAGCAUUUCUUCAGGUGGCUUCUUGGAUGGUCACGGGAGAGAGACAGGCUGCAAGAAUUCGGGGCUUGUACUUGCAGACAAUACUGAGACAAGACGUCGCCUUUUUUGACAAGGAAACAAACACAGGAGAGGUUGUUGGAAGAAUGUCUGGUGACACUGUCCUUAUACAGGAUGCUAUGGGCGAGAAGGUCGGGAAGUUCUUGCAGCUCAUCUCGACCUUCAUUGGAGGCUUUAUAAUAGCAUUUGUCAAAGGGUGGCUUCUCACGCUGGUGAUGUUAUCGUCUAUCCCUCUCCUUGUGGUGGCUGGUGGGGCCAUGUCCCUCUUCAUCUCUAAGAUGGCAGCUCGUGGUCAAGCUGCAUAUGCAAAGGCAGCAAAUGUUGUUGAACAGACAAUCGGCUCAAUCAGAACUGUUGCGUCUUUUACUGGUGAGAAGCAAGCGAUAGCAAACUACAACAAAUUUAUCGCAGAAGCUUACAACUCAGGAGUUUACGAAGGUUUAGGUGGUGGUUUAGGCAUCGGAACUGUCUUUUUCAUAUUCUUCUGCAGUUAUGCGUUAGCCAUUUGGUAUGGUGGGAAGUUGAUUGUGGAAAAGGGAUAUACUGGUGGAGAAGUUAUCAAUGUGAUUAUCGCCGUCUUGACUGGUUCAAUGUCAUUAGGCCAGGCUUCUCCUUGCAUGAGUGCCUUUGCUGCUGGCCAAGCUGCAGCCUACAAAAUGUUUGAAACCAUCCACAGGAGGCCAGAGAUUGAUUCCUACGACAUGAGAGGGAAGACAAUGGAUGAUAUUCGAGGGGACAUAGAGCUAAGAGACGUUUACUUCAGCUACCCUGCGAGGCCCAAUGAACAAAUAUUUAAUGGGUUUUCUCUUUCUAUCCUGAGCGGGGCCACUGCUGCACUGGUUGGACAAAGCGGGAGCGGGAAGUCCACUGUGAUCAGCCUGAUUGAGAGGUUUUAUGAUCCACAGGGUGGAGAAGUCCUAAUAGAUGGUAUCAAUCUUAGGGAGUUUCAGCUCAAGUGGAUACGAAGCAAGAUCGGGUUAGUUAGCCAAGAGCCGGUUCUGUUCUCUUGCAGCAUCAGAGAUAAUAUCGCUUAUGGCAAAGAGGGUGCAACUCCCGAAGAGAUCCGGACAGCUGCUGAGCUUGCAAAUGCUUCGAAGUUUAUUGACAAACUGCCGCAGGGAUUGGAUACUAUGGUCGGUGACCAUGGAACACAACUCUCAGGUGGCCAGAAGCAGAGAAUUGCAAUUGCAAGGGCUAUUCUGAAGGACCCGAGAAUCUUACUAUUAGAUGAAGCCACAAGUGCGCUUGAUGCAGAGUCUGAGAGGAUCGUGCAGGAGGCGCUCGACAGGAUUAUGGUGAACCGGACAACGGUAAUUGUUGCUCACCGCCUGAGCACUGUUAAGAAUGCAGAUAUGAUUGCUGUUAUUCAUCGUGGAAAAAUGGUUGAGAAAGGAUCGCACUUGGAACUACUGAAAGAUCCCGAGGGUGCUUACUCGCAGCUAAUUCGAUUGCAAGAAGUGAACAAAGUCUCGGAACAGUCCACAGAUGUGGGUAACAAGUCAGAAAUAACAGAAUUCAACAGAGAAUUCAGUCGGAGUCAGAGGAUGUCUAUGGUCCACUCGACCAGCCGAGGAUCAUCAAUUGGAAAUAGUAGUCGGCACUCGUUCUCCAUAUCCUUUGGCAUGCCCACUGGCCUCAACAUCCCUGACAACACUGGCCCUGAGUCCCCAGUUGCACAGGGCACGGAAAAAUCCCCUAAGGUCUCUAUCCGCCGCCUCGCGUACCUUAACAAGCCUGAGAUCCCAGUACUCUUUUUUGGGUUGAUUGCUGCAGUAAUCAAUGGUGUGAUAUUCCCGAUCUUUGGGAUCCUCAUCUCACACGCGAUCAAGACAUUCUUCGAGCCCCCCCACGAGCUAAGGAAGGACUCCAAGUUCUGGGCUCUUAUCUUCAUGGCCCUUGGGGUCGCUUCACUACUUGCAUACCCUGCACGAACUUACCUUUUCGCUGUGGCAGGGUGUAAGUUGAUUGAACGGGUGAGGUCCAUGUGCUUUGAGAAAGUGGUCCACAUGGAAGUUGGAUGGUUUGAUGAACCUCAACACUCAAGUGGGGCCAUCGGAGCAAAAUUAUCUGCUGAUGCAGCAUCAAUACGGGCCCUUGUUGGGGAUGCACUUGGACUGCUCGUUCAGAACACUGCAUCAGCGGUUGCGGGUUUGGUCAUCGCCUUUGUUGCAAGUUGGCAGUUAGCAUUUAUCAUUCUCGUACUCGUCCCUCUUAUUGGGGUCAAUGGAUACGUUCAAGUGAAAUUCAUGAAAGGGUUCAGUGCUGAUGCAAAGAUGAUGUAUGAGGAAGCAAGUCAGGUAGCAACAGAUGCAGUUGGGAGCAUAAGGACAGUCGCUUCCUUUUGCUCAGAGGAGAAAAUGAUGCAACUUUACAAGAAGAAAUGCGAAGGCCCAUUGAAGACCGGGAUCAGGGAAGGGUUGGUAAGCGGGAUUGGUUUCGGGGUUUCCUUAUUCUUGAUGUUUUGCGUUUAUGCAACGAGUUUCUAUGCUGGAGCUCGACUUGUUGAAGCCGGCCACACUACAUUCUCAGAUGUUUUUCAAGUUUUCUUUGCCCUAUCAAUGGCAGCAAUUGGCAUAAGCCAAUCGAGCACCUUGGGUCCUGAUUCAACCAAAGGUAAAGCUGCUGCUGCAUCCAUAUUUUCAAUAAUUGACCGCAAGUCCAAAAUAGACCCAAGCAAUGAGUCAGGGAUGACACCAGAGGAUGUGAAGGGAGAAAUUGAGCUUCGUCACAUAAGCUUUAAGUACCCGUCCCGACCUGACUGUCAGAUUUUCCGAGACCUUAACUUGGCCAUUCAUUCAGGGCAGACUGUCGCUUUGGUGGGGGAGAGCGGGAGCGGGAAAUCAACGGUUAUCUCAUUAUUGCAGCGAUUUUAUGACCCUGAUUCUGGUCAUAUUACACUUGAUGGCGUCGAUAUUCAGAAGCUACAGCUAAAGUGGUUGAGGCAGCAGAUGGGUCUAGUCAGCCAAGAACCGGUUCUAUUCAACGAUACGAUUCGAGCAAAUAUUGCAUAUGGGAAAGACGGCGAUGCUUCGGAGUCAGAAAUUAUUGCUGCCUCUGAGUUAGCCAAUGCCCACAAGUUCAUCAGCAGUUUGCAACAGGGAUACGAUACAGUAGUGGGAGAGCGAGGACUCCAGUUAUCGGGAGGUCAGAAGCAGAGGGUGGCCAUUGCUCGGGCAAUAGUAAAGAGCCCUAAGAUUCUCUUGCUUGAUGAGGCCACGAGUGCGUUGGAUGCUGAGUCAGAGAAGGUGGUCCAGGACGCGCUUGAUCGAGUCAUGGUGAACCGGACCACAGUCGUGGUAGCCCAUCGGCUCUCCACGAUUAAGAAUGCUGAUGUGAUUGCAGUGGUUAAGAAUGGAGUGAUUGUUGAGAAAGGGAAGCAUGACAAACUGAUAAACAUCAAGGACGGCUUCUAUGCAUCUUUAGUCGCUCUCCACACAAGUGCCUCGACUACUUGAGCCAUCUUCUUUCGAGCAAGAGAUUGAUUGACAUAUAUUGAUUCUUAGGGAGAAAUAUUUUCGUUUUUGUUUUCCUUCUUUUUGCAUAUUUUCUUGACCCACAAGAGGGUUUGACAACUUUGUAGACAUUCAGCGAUCAAUAUAUAUCUAUAAUGUUUCACAUC